AUGGAAGACAAAAGAGAGCUCCUCAAGCAACCGCUCCACGGGAUCUACAUCCCCAUCGGCCUCAUUCUUUUCGGAACCUUCCUCUUCGGCUGGGAGUAUAUGCCCUACAGCAUUGCUUUCAUCGUAAUUGUGUGUUCGUGGAACUUCUAUGAGGCGUGGAGUCGAAGACUGCUGGUUGAGCCUGUCAGAUGGAACGAGUUGGCGUUGAUCGACAAAACGGUCAUUUCCAGAAACCUGGCCAUCUACAGAUUCAAGCUCAACCACGAGGACGAGGUUCUCCACGUGCCUACCGGUCACAAUGUCGCCUGUUGUUUUACCAUUGACGGUAAGGACGAGAUCAGGUACUACACGCCGAUCCUGAACCGCUUUGACACGGGGUUUUUCGACAUUCUCGUCAAGCUGUACCCUCAGGGCAAGGUUUCGAGGAAGUUCGCCGCUCUCAAGGAAGGCCAGACGGUGUUGUUCCGUGGUCCUGUUGGCCGUUUGGAAUAUGAAACCAACAUGGCCAAACACAUUGGGUUGGUGGCCGGCGGCUCGGGAAUCACGCCUAUUUUGCAGGUGAUCACCCAGGUGAUCACGACCCCCGAGGACGACACGAAACUCUCGCUUAUUUACGCCAACGAAACCGCCAACGAUAUCUUGUUGAAGGCCGAGUUGGACGAGAUUGCAAGAAAGUACCCCAACUUCUCCGUGCACUACACCUUGAGCCAUCCUCCUGCGGAGUGGGACGGUUCCACGGGGUACGUGACCUCCCAAAUGAUGCAAACCCACUUGCCUCCUCCGCUGCUGGAGAAUAGGCUCUUUGUGUGUGGACCUCCCGAGAUGAAACGUAGUCUUAUUGAGAUCUCCCAGGGGUUGGGCUGGGACAAGACCACCAUGAAGUCCGCUCCGUCCGAUCAGGUUUUCUGCUUUUGA